AAGCGGAGGCCUACGGAGCCGGGGCUCCUGACCUCCAAGCGCGGCCGAUGAAGGCUACAUUUUAGAACUGGAAGCUCAGGUAAAAAGAAUUCGCUUUCACCACCAGCAAGGAGCUCAGACUAUCACCUGCUGAAGUCCCCAGUGGCCAUGGUGUGCCUACCUCAUCCAUUGCAGACAUCUAAUGGCUCCCCUUCCUGUCCUGAGCAGUCCUCCUCACUCUCAGGGACUUGGACAAUCACCCCAGGAGGCAGGUUUGGUAACCAGAUGGGGCAGUAUGCCACAUUGCUGGCCCUAGCCCAGCUCAAUGGUCGCCAAGCCUUCAUCCAACCUGAGAUGCACACCACCCUGGCCCCCGUGUUCCGAAUCUCCCUGCCAGUGCUGGACCCUGAGGUGGACAGCCUCACACCUUGGCAGCACUUAGUCCUACAUGACUGGAUGUCAGAGGAGUACUCCCAUCUGGAGGACCCAUUUCUCAAGCUGUCUGGUUUCCCCUGCUCUUGGACCUUUUUCCACCAUCUUCGGGAACAGAUUCGUAGGGAAUUCACUCUGCAUGACCAUCUACGGCAAGGUGCCCAGUACCUGUUGAGAGGGCUCCGUAUAGGCCCGGCGGGCAUCCGUCCUCAAACCUUUGUGGGUGUCCAUGUGCGUCGUGGAGACUAUCUGGAGGUGAUGCCCAAUCGCUGGAAGGGUGUGGUGGGUGACCGAGCUUACCUCCAGCAAGCCAUGGACUGGUUCCGGGCCCGACACAAAGACCCCAUCUUUGUGGUCACCAGCAAUGGCAUGGAAUGGUGUUUGGAGAACAUUGACACAUCCCGUGGUGAUGUGGUCUUCGCUGGCAAUGGACAGGAGGGUACACCGGGGAAGGACUUUGCACUUCUCACACAGUGUAACCACACCAUCAUGACUAUUGGCACCUUUGGCUUCUGGGCUGCCUACUUAGCUGGUGGAGACACAGUCUACCUUGCUAACUUCACCCUGCCAGAUUCGGAGUUUCUGAAGAUCUUCAGGCCUAAGGCUGCCUUCCUGCCUGAGUGGGUGGGCAUCAAUGCAGACUUGUCCCCACUGCAGGCUCACUUUGACCCCUGGAAGCCAGACAGUCUUUUUAGAUUGGUCUGA